AUUGAUUGGGAGAGCUGGCAGAAGGAGAGGGUAUGAUAAUAAGACCAGGGCCUGUCCUCAAGGGAUGUACAGUUCAACAUAGGAGAUUCAACACGUUCUUGAAGAAUUCUAACAUAUGAUAGAAAGCUAAAGGUAUAAAGAUUCCAUGCUGUGUGAGACAAAGGAAAGAAGUUAACUUGGAAGAUACCAUGUAAGAAGUGGCAUUUGAGCUGAGUCCAGAAAGAAGGAAACUCGUUUAUUGACCCUUUGUUGUGUUAUCUACUUAUCCAACUUUCACUUUUCCCUAUUCUCUUUGACUAUAGCAAUAUCCUUAGUCCUUAAACUCCUACAUCUCAAAAGUUCCUGAACAUACAACUAGUUUUCCAUAUAGUAUUGGGGAUACUAAAGGUUUUCCUGUCUUUUGGGGGGUGGCAUUUACUGUACAUAGCCAUGUGCUACUUUUGAUUGAGUAGAUCAAAGGAUUCAUGGGCCAGGGGAGAAGAAGCAGAACCACUAUUAUAUUGGGAAGAAAGCCUAGAUCCUUAGUAAGAUGGGCUUAUGUUAUACUUGGCCAAGGGUGAGAAAGGGAUGAAUGCCUUUUCUGUUCCUAGUUUUUGCAACUAGCUUUUCUGUUCUCACCUUUUUGCAGAGACAGCACCUUGCCUAUUUCCUAGCAAACCCACACUAUGGCAGCCUCAUUAAUGCAGAUGGCCAUGCGGAAGUAUGGACAGAUUGGAAUGAUACAUCCAAGUUUUUCCAGUAUGGAUGGAGAUGUACCACUAAUGAGAAUGCCUAUUCAAACUGUACCCUGAUGGGAAACUGGAAUCAGGAAAGAUAUGACCUAAGGAAUAUUGUGAAGCCCAAACCCUUGCCUUCCCAGUUUGGACACUACUUUGAAACAACAUAUGAUUUGAGCUACAACAACAAAAUGCCACUUUCAACUCAUAGAUUUAAGAGAGAGCCUCACUGGUUUCCAGGACAUCAACCAGAACUGGAUCCUCCUCGGUACAAAUGCACAGAAAAGUCAACUUACAUGACCAGCUACUCAGAGCCUCAAACUGGGCAUCACUCCGCAUGUAUGUGGAAUCGUAGUAACUGCCAAUUUCAGGGUCCACGGCUCUAAGAAAGAAUAAGAAGCUUCAUUUUUCCGGAGUAAAUUGUAGGAGGGAGCACAUUCUAAGCACAACUAAGAAUCUAGCUGACUAUAACAGUUUCACUCUCUGAAUAAAGAAAGCACAGAAAAAUAUUCCCUACCCUCUUUUUUGUUUUAAUCAAGACUUAAAUGUCAGAUUUAAGUUAAUAUCUGCUCUUAGUUCUACAUUACAAGGUUGUAGUAGGAGGAGAUUAAAAAGAAUUAGUUCAAAUCUGCUACUACUUUGCCCCUCUCUACCUUCCAUCCAAGGUGGAACUCCAAAAUCCAGUGUGAGUUCGGUUAUCAUUGGCUAGGUGCUUCCUGGGUGUGAGCCUGGCAGUCACAGUCAGAUAUUGUAACUCUUUUGUGACCUUAAUGAACAUGCCCUCUUAGGACAAAAAAAAGAGAAAAAUAAGUUUUUAUAAUUAUUAUGGUGGAUUUAAAACAUAAAAUUAGAGUAAUAUAAUGAAUUCCCAUAUACCACUACACACCUUCAACAAUUUAUGAUUGCUCUUAACUAUCCCUACAUAAUUUCUCUAUUUCUUUAAUUAAUCUUGGAGCAGAUCUCAGAUGUUAAACCCUUUCUUCUAUAAAAAUUUCAGUAUAUAUCUUAAAAAGGGAAGGACUGUCAAUUUUUUAUUCACCCACAAAGACCAUCAAGGAGACCUGUUUAUCAAACAAAACUGAGUUAUUAAACCUGUAGCAAGGAAGCACAUCAACUUAAUACAAUCUUGGUGAGAAUUCAGAAGGGGGAUGUUGGGGCGCCUGGCUGACUCAGUUGGUUAAGGGUCUGCCUUCA